CGUUGAAUUACAGCUGCGCUGGGUUUGAUGUGUUUUUAAAGCAACUUUUUGGUCUUUGUUGCGGAUUUUUGCGUUCUGUGAGCAAACGGUUAGCUAGUUAGCUUGGUUAGCAUAGCGGGUUAGUUCACGGGCAGCAGGACGACAGUGCGCUGCUGCUUUCUGUUUUCCGGAGGGCUGUUUAAGGUAGAAAUUAACGUCAUUCAGGCACUAACGACAGCAUGGCCACAGCGCAGUCAACGUUAAUGUUCGCUGUAUGUGUCCUGAUGAUAACAGAACUGAUACUGGCCAAAAAGGACUAUUAUGAUAUUUUGGGGGUACCUAAAGAUGCCACGGAACGUCAGAUUAAGAAAGCUUUUCACAAGCUUGCCAUGAAAUAUCAUCCAGACAAGAACAAGAGCCCUGAUGCAGAAGCAAAGUUCCGGGAAGCAGCAGAAGCAUAUGAAACCCUUUCGGAUGAGAAAAGGAGGCGAGAGUACGAUCAGUUAGGACACGGUGCUUUCUCCAGCGAAGGCAUGCGAGGUGGAGGCCAGUACUUUCACCAGACUUUCGAUUUUAACUUCGACGACAUGUUCAGAGACUUCGACAUCUACAGCCAGAACAGACAUGCCCGGCCAAAACGGCACUUCGAGGACCAUUUCAGGGCUCACCAGCAGGCCCACAGCCGCCACAAGAGGCACUUCCAGGGCGGGUUUGGUGCUGGGAUCUUCGAGGAGCUUUCCGAUGACAUGGAGAGAAUGUUUACAUUUGAUAGACACGCCAAGCGGACUGAGAGCAGGUUUCAUGGUACAGCAAAACAGCACUGUAGGACUGUGACUCAGAGAAGGGGGAAUAUGGUGACCACCUACACGGACUGUACCUCUUCCUGAGCUCCAGAGUGAAAUGUAGUCACCACUGUCCACCAGCCAUUCUUUAGCUGUGCUGUGUUCAGCUAUAGUUAAGCUAUUUUUUGUUGGACUUUGUUUUUUUACUAAUUUAUUAACACGUUGCUGUGGUGAGUGAAGCUAGACCUUGUUUAUGAGUGAAUAGGUUAUGACAAGGAGCACUAUUAGUUUAUGGAUUAUUUGGUGACAACUGACAUUACAUGGUGCAGAAUGUGCUGCUCUCUGCAUUAGAAAACAAAGCUGAACUUUGGAUUUCCUCAUGAGAAACCAUUGCUUCCUCCACCGAAAAGAGAGAGCUUAUAUAUAUA